AUGUUCCAGCCGGCGCCCAAGCGCUGCUUCACCAUCGAGUCACUGGUGGCCAAGGACAGUCCCCUGCCCGCCUCGCGCUCCGAGGAUCCCAUCCGUCCCGCGGCGCUCAGCUACGCCAACUCCAGCCCCAUAAACCCGUUCCUCAACGGCUUCCACUCGGCCGCCGCCGCUGCCGCCGGCAGGGGCGUCUACUCCAACCCGGACUUGGUGUUCGCCGAGGCGGUCUCGCACCCGCCCAACCCGGCUGUGCCAGUGCACCCGGUGCCGCCGCCGCACGCCCUGGCCGCCCACCCCCUGCCCUCCUCGCACUCGCCACACCCCCUCUUCGCCUCGCAGCAGCGGGACCCGUCCACCUUCUACCCCUGGCUCAUCCAUCGCUAUCGAUAUCUGGGCCACCGCUUCCAAGGGAACGACACAAGCCCGGAGAGCUUCCUUUUGCACAACGCGCUGGCCCGAAAGCCGAAGCGGAUCCGCACCGCCUUUUCCCCGUCCCAGCUUCUGAGGCUGGAACACGCCUUCGAGAAGAACCACUACGUGGUGGGCGCCGAGAGGAAGCAGUUGGCGCACAGCCUCAGCCUCACGGAAACUCAGGUAAAAGUAUGGUUUCAGAACCGAAGGACGAAGUUCAAAAGGCAGAAGCUGGAGGAAGAAGGCUCAGAUUCGCAACAAAAGAAAAAAGGGACGCACCAUAUUAACCGGUGGAGGAUCGCCACUAAGCAGGCGAGUCCCGAGGAAAUAGAUGUGACCUCAGACGAUUAAAAACAGACAGAACCCCACCGAAACGGACAUCACAGAGCAAAACAGAGACAGGGAGAGGAGGG